CCACCUGAUCUUUUAUCCACGACGAGCAAGCCUGGCUAUCUAACGAGACUCACACGCCAAGGAGGAAACCCAACAUUCAAAGGCUACAAAAAAUUCAAGGUUUAUGGUUAAGAAUUUGAAUAGGUCCUUUCUUCUACGACGUCCUCCCUUUCUUCUUUGAUGUCUCCAUGUUUCUCAAACCCAAAUCUAGAUAUGAAACCUUGUCAUUGGGAUCUCUUCUCAUACAUAUUGGAUUGUUUAUCCUCAAUUCUUAGACCGUUUCAAAGGAUUGUAACUCAUCCUGCUACUGUUAUGGUUGCCAAAGAAGUGAUAGAACAACCUAAUGUCAACCUUGAAUCCCUAAAACAGGUGAUAUUAAAUCUUUUUAAUGCUCCUACUGCCUUAUCUACUGCUCCGGGUACCAAACCUUGGUAUUUCGAUUCUGGUUGUUGUAACCAUAUGUCUUCAAUUACCGCUCAUUUCUCUUCAAUGUCACCUAAUAAUUCCUUUCCUGAUAUUUAUUCUGCUGAUGGUUCCCCUAUGAAUGUUAGUCACAUUGGUAAUGUUUCUACAAAGUCAUUGACUUUACCAAAUGCCCUUUUAGUUCCAAAACUUAGUUAUAAUCUUGUAUUUGUCGGUCAAUUAUGCGAUCUUGGUCUUGAAGUAACAUUUUCUGCUCAUGGUUGUCGUGUGCAGGACCCACGGAUAGGACAACUUCUUGGAACUGGUCGCAAGGUGGGGCGUUUGUUUGAGCUCAACUAUCUGCAUAUUCCUGAUAAUAAAAUGGAUACACCAUCAUUUCCAAAUGAUCGAUUCAUCCAAACCUUGCUUUGUGCUAUUGAAUUAGAGUCUUUGCAAAUUCCAUAUCAACAAAUCUUCCAAGUCUGUGCUGCUACUAACAUUUCUCCUCUCCAUUUGUGGCACUCACGACUCGGACAUACCUCUGUCGGUAAACUUCGUCCACUUAUCUCUCGUGGUUUAUUAAGAUCAGUUACGAAUGAAUCUGUGCAUUGUGUGUCAUGUCAAUCUGCAAAGCAACCAGCUUUAUCUUUUUCGAGUAGUCAUUCUCAUUCUAUUGCUCCUUUUGAUCUUGUGCAUUCUGAUGUUUGGGGUCCAUCUCCUACACCCACCAUGGGGGAUUUCAGAUACUUCAUACACAUCCUUGAUUUUGUUCGUGCUUUGCUCAUUUCAUCUUCUUGUCCAAAGCGAUUUUGGGGUGAGGCUGCUCUUACAACUGCUUAUCUUAUUAAUCGCAUUCCAUCAUUAGUCCUUAAUAACCAGUCUCCAUAUGAGCGUCUACAUGUGUCAUCCUCUCAUCAACCUCCAUUUUUUACUAAUCCUUCUAUUGAGCUAUUUCCUAGUGAUUCUAAUGCAGGUACAUCUGAUGAGCUCUACAAUGCCUCACCACAUGCUCCAACCAGUUCUGUAGAAGAUGAUCUGCUUGUUGGUAAUGCAUUAGAUAAUUUUGAGCCUUCUUUUACUUCCUCGUCUACAAAUGAGCUUGUUGUCCUAUCCUCGAGUCAUCCUACUCGGGUAAGAAAGCCUCCAAACUACCUUCGUGAUUAUCAUUGUUUUCCUGCUAUUACUUCGUUACAUGAGCCUCAAUCCUAUCAAGAGGCCUCUUCUAACCCUCUUUGGCAACAAGCUAUGCAAGAUGAAUUACAAGCUCUUGAGUACACUCGUACAUGGGAUGUAGUUGAUCUCCCUAUUGAAAAAUCUCUAAUAGGCUGUAAAUGGGUGUACAAGAUCAAAACGCGAUCUGAUGGUUCUGUGGAGCGUUAUAAGGCACGCUUGGUUGCCAAGGGUUUUACACAGGAGUAUGGAAUCGACUAUGAAGAGACAUUUGCUCUAGUUGCUCGUCUUACAUCUGUGCGUAGUUUGCUUGCUAUCGCUGCUAUACGGAGAUGGAAAUUGUUUCAGAUGGAUGUGAAAAAUGCUUUUCUUAAUGGUGACCUAGAAGAAGAAGUUUAUAUGAAACCACCUCCUGGGCUCCACCAUCCUCAAACAAGUGCUGUUGUGAGUGAGUUUGGUUUUACUUCCAGUCCACAUGAUACAGCUUUGUUCAUUCGUAAGACUGCUCAGGGUAUGGUUCUUUUACUUCUUUAUGUUGAUGACAUGAUUAUUACUGGAGAUGAUGUCGCAGUUUAUCUUACUACGACACGCCCUAAUAUAGCAUAUGCAGUUCACAUUGUUAGUCAGUUUAUGGCUGCUCCUCACUCUACUCAUUAUGCAGCAGUACUUCACAUUAUUCGCUAUGUUAAGGGAACAUUAUUUCAUGGACUCCAUUUUUCUGCCAACUCCUCCCCUGUGCUUCGUGCUUACUCUGAUGCUGAUUGGGUCGGUGAUCCUUCUAAUCGUAGAUCUACCACCGGUUACUGUCUUUUCCUUGGUAAUUCUCUCAUCUCUUGGCGGAGUAAGAAACAAGCUAUUCCAUCUCACUCUAGUACUAAAGCUAAGUAUAGAGCUCUCGGGGAUACCACAUCAGAACUUCUUUCAUUGCGAUGGCUUCUUGAAGAUAUAGGCAUUCCUCAACCUUCUUCUACUGAUUUAUAUUGUGAUAAUCAAAGUGCUAUGCAGAUUGCUCAUAAUGAUGUCUUUCAUGAACGCACUAAACACAUUGAGGUUGACUGUCACUUUAUUCGCCAUCAUGUUGCACAAGGAACUGUUCAUUUGGUUUUCAUUGGCUUUGCUGAUCAACCAGCAGAUCUCUUUACCAAGGCUCAUUUUCCUAGACGCUUUUGUACUCUUCUUUCCAAACUCAAGUUGGUUUCAUCACAACCACCUUGAGUUUGAGGGGAGAUGUUAAGAUGUGAACAUAAUUAUAUUUAGAAUUAUUGUAAAUAUUUUAUACUUUAGAAUAUUCUCUUUGUAUACUUUAUACCUUAGAAUAUUCUCUUUGUAAACACCUAUAUAUAGGUCAUGUACAUACAGUAUAAUUCAAGAAAGCAAUAAACCUUUCUUCAGAUAUUUCUCCUUCUUUUCAGUUUCUAACAAUGUGUUAGUGACCUUCAAACCUAACUCAACAUUUGAAGGCUACAAAAAAUUCAAGGUUUUGGCUGAGAAUUUGAAUAAGUCCUUUCUACUUUGACAUCUCCAUGUUUCAAAAUCCAGAUUUGGGUUUGUGUUUUCAUGAACCCUUCAUGAAGCCAAACUUUUGGUUCCCAAAACUUUGGUUUUGAUAUGUUUUAGUUGUAAAUAAUAAUGAUUUAAUUUAAUU